AGGAAGAGAGGCGACUUCAGAGAAGAGAGCUCCACGUUGUAAUAGAGAUGGCGACCGCUAAGAAUCUGACAGAGAACCACCUCACCUGUGUCAUCUGUUCUGAGGUGUUCACAGACCCUGCCACACUUCAGUGUAAUCAUACAUUCUGCAAGUCCUGUCUGCUGAAAUACAUCAACACACAGCCUGAAGCAGUACAAGCCAGGUCCAUACCAUGUCCCUCCUGUAGACAACAGACGAAGGUGACCAACCCUGACAGUCCAGUAGAGGAGUGGGUCAGUCAGCUGAAACCAAGCCAUGUCAUACAGGGGCUGAUGGACGACUUUGGACCCGACACAAAGGGUGUGGAGGAACACUUGUGCAGUGUUUGUACAAAACAAGGAAAGACAACUCCUGCCACUUCUUGGUGCUCUGUCUGUGAUGUUGUGCACUGUGAAGGAUGUCUCCAGAUGCACAACAUGAUGCCAUUGUUGUGUGACCAUGAAGUGGUUCACUUGUCUGAUCACACCAAAAUAAAGGUCAAACGUUGCUUCAUGUGUAAAGUCCACAGAGAUGAAAAGCUGAAGUUGUUCUGUAAGGACUGCAAUCAGGCAAUAUGCACGAUAUGUUGCAGCAUAAAACACAGGGCAUGUAAGGAUGUUGAUACAAUAGAGAGUAUGACCCCUCUUGUGAAGGAACAACUGACAAGCAAACUAGAGAAACUCGGAAUCAACAUUGCAGCUACAAAUAGUAACAUAUCCCAGAGAAAAUCUACAAUUCAAGAUGUGAAGAGUAAUUCACAGACCCUCAAAGACCAAGUCACAAAGACACGGGAAACAGUGAUGUGUGCUAUUUUAAGAAAAGAGAAGCAACUCCUUGGUGACAUCGACAAAGCUACUGAUCAACAAUUACAUGAGUUACAAGCAGAUAUAAAAUCCCAGGAGAUCGAGCUACAGAUGUACCAGCAGCAGUAUGAGUUCACAGCCAAUGCUGUGACGUCCAACUGUGAGGUGGACAUGUAUGCCGUCUAUGAGUCGGUGGAUGAGACUUCUACAGACAACAGAGACACGGGCAACAGGCCAGCACCAAGAUGGGUUGUAUUGACACACGACCUGGACAAGCUGAGUAAAGCAGUUGAUGAGCUACAGCUGGGGGAGGUUGAACUCGUCAAUGAUGUGAGUGACCUUGAGUCUUCUCCUGUUCUACAUCACACCAUUGACUGCAAGGAAGGCGGGGACAAGAAGGAUCCUUGGUUGUGUGACGUCACAGUGUUGACUGUUGAUGGCAUCAAAGUGGUGGUAGUUGCAGAUUACAAUAACAAGAGACUCCUAACAUACUACACAUCAAACUUCAAAUCCUUUCAUAAUCAGCUUCUGCUUUCUAAUGGUCCGUGGCAAAUAGCCAAGUUAAGUGAGAGUCAGAUAGCUGUCAGUGUUCCAUGGAAAAGGAACAUAGUUACAGUGAAUGUUACCCCAGAUCCUGUAUUGCUGUCGACUAUCAAAACAAGAAAGAAGUACUCCGCCCUGGCCUUUCUGAGUCCUUCACACCUCGUGGCAAGUACAGAGAGACAGUCUCACUCUGUGGACAUACUGGACAUGACAGGGAAGAGACUGAGGUCUAUCAACACGGGUGUGAUAAGGAAUCCAGGCCACAUCCACGUCACCAGAAACAAAAACCUUAUAGUUAGUGAAGAGGAAGUAAAAUCCCUAGUAUGUGUGACCAGUGAAGGAGACGCUGUUUUCACCUACAAGCCCCGAGGAGACUGGGCUCUGGCAUGUCCUCAAGGCAUCGCAUCAACCAGCACAGGAGAUAUCCUGCUUGCAGACCAAGACUCCCAAAAGGUGAUCCAGCUGACAGAGUCGGGGCAGUUUGUUAGAGAUGUCCUCACACAACAGGAUGAUCUGAUACGCCCUCUUGGUGUCUUUCUUGAUGGUGACGGCCUGCUGUAUGUUACGUCUGACAAAUACGUAAAAGUAUUCAAAUUCUGCCCACGCUGAAUGUGGAAAUACGGAUAACUUUGAUCUCCAUACACAGUUGAAUAUUUCAAAAGUUGACUGCUGCCUUAGUUCAGAUCGGAUCGGAUCCAGAUCUUUCCGUACACACGUAGUUCACCUUGUCAUUGAUAAAAUAUAGGGCGAUCUAACACCAGUAGUGGUAGUCUGACCUGAUAGAAGUACUUCUCAAGUAGACCUAGCACCAGUAGUAGUCUGACCUGAUAGAAGUACUUCUCAAGUACAUUUGUGAAAGGACGCACAAUAACAGCACUGAAUGAGGACAACACCACACGAGAGAUCACGUGACCUAGACAGAUGAUAUUGGACAGUAUUGUUGUUUUAUGUUGUUUAUAGAACAGUAAUGUUGUGUUGUGUAGUGUACUAUAUAUCUGACGUGUGUUGGAGUAACCUGUUCACAUCAUUGCGCAUGCUAUCGGUCUUUAGAUUAUCAGUUCGACAACCCAUCUCCUAAUGUUUUAAAGGGGCGCUUAACUCUUAUAAAACACCACUAGCGUUCGGUGAUCUACAGCGGAUAUAAUAAUGUGUGGAUGCUGUGAGAACUGGUUGAGUUCUGUAAAUGUACUAAUUUGUAUCAGUUAUUUCCACAAUCUGUGGUAUUGAGUAGAGUAUAAUAGUAACAAGAUUGAACUCAAUACGGACAAUACGCUCUCUAUCAGUCAUAUCCCAGACACAUAGGAGAUAAGGAAAUCUUUGCCGUAGCGAUGUUCAAGGAAAACAAUGCUGUACACCCAUGCAGGUGAAUUUAUAUUCACGGUUUACAAAGGACAGGGUGUGGUUUGACAGGUGGUCAAAGGGACACAACUCUGUGCAGAAAUAUGUCUUGUUUCCAUGCAGUUCCAAGUCAAGUCACUCGUUCUUGUGGAAAUGGAUCUUUAAACCACAUUGGCAAGAAAAUGCCAACUUGCAACAAGAAUAUAGAAAUGUCGUGUUAUAAUGAAAUCUAUUCUAUGAAACAGAAAAUUGAUGAAUCAGAUCUUCAAUAAAACUCAAACUUAAAUAAUCUUU